AUGGCCGCUCCUUCUGCACACGUGUGUGUCCUCCUCCUCGCCAUCGCCUUUGCAGUUGCCUCGGUGCCGGCGAUGGCUCGACCGGUUCACAAGGGCAAAGAUCCGAUACACAACGACGGCCCUCCUGCACCCGGACAUACGGCGAGUGAAGAUGUCCAUGAGAUUGUGAAGCCUGUUCCACACGUGAUUUAUUACCCCAUGAAGUCGGAAGUUCCCAGCGGCGAGAACCCGGUGCACAACGGCUCUCCUUCUCAUCCUCAUGAGAGCUCCUACCCCGUGAAGUACGAAGUUCCCAGCGGUGAGAACCCGGUGCACAACGGCUCUCCUUCUCAUCCUCAUGAGAGCUACCCCGUGAAGUCCGAAGUUCCCAGCGGUGAGAACCCGGUGCACAACGGCUCUCCUACUCCUUCUCACGAUACCUGCCCCAUGAAGUCAGAAGUUCCCAGCGGCGAGAACCCGGUGCAUAACGGAUCUCCUUCUCCUCCUCACGAGCGUUACCCCGUGAAGACACAAGUUACAAGUGGUUCGGACCCGGUGCAUAAUUAA